AACGGGGCGACACAUACCCAGGGCAUCAGUCUCCAGUCAAGGUUUCUCUGUGUCGAGUUUCUAUAGAAAACCUGCGACUAAAUGGCAUCCAGGCGAAGCGCACGAGUUCUGCUCUCAGGACUGGCAUCCGUCAGGAGUAUUGCCGCUCAACAAGUUAGGAUUUCAGCUUCUUUCAAAUCUCCCAACAGCCGCUGCUUCAGUUUGGCAGCAGCUGCCAGGCAGCAAGAAGCUGUAAAAGAAGCCCUUGCAACUCCCGCAAGAAAUUCCAUCGUGCAAGCAGAAGUCGGCAAGGAUGGCAUCUCCCUGAAGUUCGAAGACCUGAGCUCGACCCAGAUGCCCUUCGUCUGGCUGAGGGACAACUGCCGAUGCCCUGACUGCUACAGCCCGCAGGCCCUUGGAAGGAAGUUCCUCCUGACUGACCUUGAACUCGAUGUAAACGCCACCAAGAUGGAGAGCAACGCUGAGAUGAUUCGAGUGGAGUGGAAUGAUGGGCACGUGAGCGAAUACCCAUCCGACUGGCUGCACUCCAGAGCCUUUACCCCAACAGCUAGAGCCAAGAGGCGAAACACAUACGCAUACAAAAGGGAGCCUUGGGGCGCCGACCAUAAGCUCAGGGAGUUCGACUACGAGUCGAUGAAGAAGGACGAUCGAGUCCUCCUCGACUGGCUCCUGACCAUGGAGACCCAGGGCUCAGCAAUGCUCAAGAACGUCCCCGAUAAGGAGACCGCCGGUCCCGAGAUGAUUGAACACAUCGCCUUCGUGAAGCAGUCUCAUUAUGGGCCUCGUUCACCUGUGAUCAACCGACCGAACACCAACAACGUUGCGUUCACUAACGCUAAGUUAGGAAUGCACAACGACCUCCCUCAGUAUGAACACAUGCCUGGGAUAAUCUUCAUCCAAUGCGUGGAGCAGCACGAGGGCACGGGGGGAGAAAGCGUCAUCGCCGACGGCCUCUUCGGCGCCGAAUACCUUCGUAGGAACCACCCACAAGCCUUCGAGAUCCUGACCACCACCGACUCCUACUUCUGGGACAAGGGACACGCCAACUACUCCUGGGAGAUGGACGAGUUCUACAAGAUUGCCAGGUUCCCCAUCAUCACAGUUGACAGCCAAAAAGAAGUGGUCCGAGUUGCUGUCAACAACGCCAUCAGGGACUCUUACAUCGACCUUCCAGCAGACAGAGUCAAGAGCUUUUACUCGGCAAUGAAGCUCUUCAACGACAUCCUUUACGAUAAUUCCGUCGUCUUUAAGAUGGACUCCGGAGAUAUGAUGACUCUAGACAAUGUGCGUUGCCUCCACGGGCGCGAAGGAUACGAGGCCUACAGCCAGAGACACAUCGAGUCCUCCUACCUCGACUGGGACGAGGCGAGAUGUCGCAGGAGGAGGAUCCAAGAGAAACUGGGUCAACUUCAAACAAUAUAAGACAAUGGCGUCUUAUCAUAUGAGAUUACGUCUGUUCAGACACAUAUGAGAUUACUACAGAACAUUUUUUAUCUAAUGACAAAACUUUCAAAGCAUUUUGAAAGUAUUCAGAGUAUAUUAACUUCAGCAUGUUCUAUUGAUCAUUCAUUAUUUUUAUUUGCUUAUAAUCCUUUGGAGCUAUGUAACUUUCCUUCAAAUACUUUCAUGUCUUUGAUAGUUUUCCUUGUUUGUUAGAUGUCUCAUUAUUUUAUCCAAAAGUACGUUUACCCAUAAUACGGGGCGAGAAGAUAAUCGUACUUAUGCUGUGCAAUGUGUUGUUCUACAAAUAAAUUAUUUUGCAUUUAAA